AUGUCGAGGCAACCCCGCAAUCAGGGCCAGGGGCAGGCACAGGUCGCCGUGCCUACGCCCACGAGUCGCCAGAACGAAUAUUUUGUCCCUCGCGAUGGCAUCGACCGAGAAGUCAUAUCGGCUGACAUUUGCCGCUACUUGGGCAACAACGCCCUCGUGCGACCUGGCCACUACGAAAAUCCUCAAACCAACCAGGUUGUUCAGGGGUACUAUAUCACGGCGUACCGGAAUCUGACCACGGCCAUGAUCGAAGACUUGAAAGCAGACUCUGCCCGUUGGGAUAGCGAGAGGCGUGCGCAGACCUCGCGCAACACGUCCGGAGUCCAAUAUCGCUACUCCGAGACUCACCAAUCUAGACAAAACCAUGGCCCUACGGAGGGUCCAUACAAGGCAGAUCCGUACGCUCGUGCCCCGGACGCAUAUGCGUCGCCGCCGCCGCCGCAGCAGCAGCAUCAACAGCACCAACCGCUUCAGCAACACCAGCAGCUUCAGCAGCAUCAACCACUCCAGCAGCUCCAGCCCCUUCAGCAGCACCCGCAACACCCGCAACACCCGCAACACCCGCAGCACCAGCAGCAUCAGCCACUCCAACAGCAUCAACCCCAGCAGCUCCAACCCAUUCAGCAGCACCAGCAACACCAACAUCCGCCGCCGCCGCCGCCACAACAGCAGCACCAGCAACCGCCGUUCAUCCCCGCGGGCGGCGGUGCAUACGGCGGCGGUGGCUACCAGCCGGCUCACCAAUCCUCUGCCCCGGACCCAAGGUUUUCUGCCCCGGGGAGCUCGAUGAUGCGUCCCCCGUUUCAGGCGAAUCCGGAUGCCCCCUAUGUUGGCACUGGUGCAAACUUGCCGCAGUCUGGUUUCCCAGCCUCCAACGACCCUUACAUCUCUAGGCUAGGCACCUCAGCCCCGCAGCAACCGGUCUAUGCUGCGGCCCCCCCUCAGCAGCAUGCCUACCCAGCAGCGUCGCCGUCGUACCAGCAGUUUCAUGGCCAGGCUCCCGCUGGUGCCGGCCAGUCUUUCCAGCCGAUGCAAUCCCAUGACCCCUUCUACGGCCGAGCUUCCCCGGCAGGCCAAGUUGGUCAGCAACCCCAGAAAGGCUAUGCGGGCCAAGGUCAACAGUAUGAUGAACCGUCCCAUUCUCGUUCUUCAGCAGUCCCGGUCUCCACACCGACUCCUCCUGCUGCUUCCAGUAAUCGCCGUGUUGACCGCGAAAGCGACAGACAUAAUCGACCUCCUCGUCGAUAG